AUGUCAUCGCACGGCUUUGCUUUAUCUGCUCAUGAUAUGAAAAAGCUUGCAUAUUCUUUUGCGAUCCAACAAAAUAUUCCACAUAAUUUUAAUACCGAACGAAAAAGGGCAGGUCAAGAUUGGUUUCUCACCUUCAUGAGACGACAUCCUGAACGGGCAGUACGUAAGGCUCAAGGAAUGUCUACUGCCAGAGCCAAAGGCAUGACGAGACAAGAAUGUACCCAAUAUUUCGAACUACUAGGAAACGUUUUGAGAGAAAAUAAUUUACUUAAUAAGCCUCAAAACAUUUUUAAUCUCGAUGAAACUGGAUUGCAGUUAAAUAAUAAUCCAGGCAAAGUUAUGGUAACUAAAGGCACUAAAAUGGUAAACUGUAUCACGAGUGCUGAAAAGGGAGAAACUAUUUCCGUUAUAACGUGUGUAAACGCAGAAGGCAGUUUUUUCCCUCUGUGCUGUAUAUUCAAAGGGAAAAACAAAAAAAAAACGAAUUUGAAGAUGGUCUACCACCUGGAGGAAAGAAGCUGUGGGAUUUACCCUUUUAAUACCGAAAAAAUUCCCGAUUAUGCUUUUACCAUUAACGACGAACCAUCAGCUGAAGACAAACACAACCCACAUGACAUUCUCAGUGAGGAGCAAAACGACCACAGACCAGGUAGUGUCAUUGCAGUCAACAACCCCGAAAAUAGAAACCCCUUUGAAGCAAUUUCACCGGUUCCAUGCGUGGAACCAGGACCAAGUGGCUAUAGACGAAAACAAUAUGCCGAAAUACUAACUUCGCCAGAAACAAUUUGUGCAAAACGAGCAAAGGAAGAAGCAAAAAGAACAAAAUUAAAACAAAAAGAAGAACGGAAAAAAACGCAAAGUAUUGUUGAGCAUAGGAAGAAAACGGUAGUUCCAAAAAAGAAAACUAAAAAAUCACCAAGCCCGAAUUCGUCAGACACCGAAACCGAGGUAGUAACCCAAGAAAGCGACGAUUCAGAAAUCGAUACUGAUGAGUCAGAAUUUUGUCCAGCAUGUCAUGGGUAUUUUUACGAUAAAAAAGGUCCCAAAUGCGACUGGCUCCAAUGCGUAACAUGUUUGAAAUGGGUCCAUGAAAUAUGUACGCAAUCUGACAGGUUUUGCGAAGAGUGUACGCCGUUAUCCGAAAUAGCUACCAAGACAAAAUCACAUUAA